GAUAUGUACGCAAUGCUCAGAGAUUUCCGCUCUGGAGAUUCCGCGCGCUAUAGAUUCGCGCUUCCGGUAAGAUGCGAAAGCGAAAGUUGUAAGUGAACGCCGUCUUUGACUGGAAAAACUUCUGAAAUCGCCAAAUUAAUUUCCAGUGACUCUACUGUUCAACACUGCUGAGAGCCAAUGCAGAAACAUGGAUGCAAACAUAUACCAUACCAGUGGAUCUGAAGACUCUGAUUAUCCUGUAUAAAAAAGAGAUCAAGAACAGACCUGCAUCCAUACAAAGUCAUGAGAGGAUCCAGACCCGACGGUGCUGCUGCUGAAGAUGUAAUGUGUGAUGUGUGCUGUGAAAAAGCUGUAAAGUCCUGUGUGACUUGCUGUAGCUCCUACUGUCAGACUCACAUCACUCAACACUACACAGAUGCAGCGCUGCAGAAACACACACUGAUGGAUCUGAACCAACAACCUGAUGAUGAUGUUCUGCAGAGAGUCAAAGACAUUCACAAAACCAGCAUGAGGAACAAGUAUGAAAGUUUACAACAGGGCAUUAAAGCCCUCUCGGGCGGUAUUUAUACACAGCUGUACAUCAUAGAGGGAGAGAGUGAAGGAGUGAAUGAAGAACAUGAGGUGUUACAGAUUGACAAAGAACUGAAGACGCAGAAACAAUGCCAACUGAUCCACUGCAGUGAUAUAUUUAAUAUCUUACCUGAAUCAGGAUGUGAGAAAGACAGAGAAGAUAAGAAAGAAAAAAUCAAGAGCGUUCUUACUAAAGGCAUCGCUGGAAUCGGAAAAACCGUCUCCGUGCAGAAGUUUAUUCUGGAUUGGGCCGAGGGAACAGCCAAUCAGGAUGUAGAUUUCAUGUUUGUGCUUCCGUUUCGAGCGCUGAACUUGAUUAAAGAUGAUCAGUACAGUCUUCACAAACUUCUGCUCGACUUUCAUCCUGAACUUCAAGAUCUGCACCCAAAGAUUUAUGAGGAGUGUAAAGUUGUGUUCAUCUUCGAUGGUUUGGAUGAAAGCAGAAUCGAGCUGAAGUUUUUAGAGUCUGUGGAUAUUUUUAAUGUUACUCAGACAUCAUCAGUGGCUGUUUUGAUAGCAAACCUCAUGAAAGGAGUUCUGCUUCCCUCCGCUCAUAUCUGGAUCACCUCCAGACCAGCAGCAGCCAACCAGAUUCCUCCUGAAUACAUAAACCGUGUGACAGAAAUCCAGGGAUUCAGUGAUUCUCAGAAGAAGGAAUAUUUCAGGAAGAGAAUCAGUGAUGAACAUCAAGCCAGCAAAAUCAUCUCUCACAUUAAAACAUCAAGAAGCCUCCACAUCAUGUGUCACAUACCGGUCUUCUGUUGGAUCUCAGCCACUGUUCUUCAAAAAAUCCUGAAAGAAAAUGACAAAUCAGAAAUCCCUAAAACUCUGACUGAAAUGUACAUACACUUCCUAAACGUCCAGCAGUCCAACAGAGAAGUGCUUUUGAAACUAUCUGAACUGGCUUUUAAACAGCUGAUGAAGGGCAAUGUGAUGUUUUAUGAAGAGGAUCUGAGAGAUUGUGGCAUUGAUGCCACUGAGGCAGUCCGAUAUUCUGGGAUUUGCAAAGAGAUCUUUAAACAGGAAUCUGUGAUUUAUCAGAGGAAAGUUUACUGCUUCAUACAUCUAAGCUUUCAGGAGUUUCUCGCAGCUUUUUACGUGUUUCACACCCAUGUAAUAAACACAACCGAGACACUGAAGAUGUUUGAUUCACUUUAUUUUUUGCUUAAAGGAGCUGUAGAGAAAGCCCUGAAGUGUGAUGAUGGACACCUGGAUCUUUUCCUCAGAUUUCUGCUCGGUAUUUCCCUUGAGUCCAAUCAAAGAUUGUUACAGGGUUUACUGCCACACACGGAGGAAAGCACAAAGAUCAUCCAGAAAACUACUGCUUACAUCAAAAACAAAAUUAAAGAUGGAUGUGGUCUCUCAGCUGACAGAUCUAUCAAUUUGUUCCUUUGUCUGUUUGAAAUGAACGACCAGACUCUGUACAGAGAGAUUCGAGAGUUUCUUAAGUCGGAGGGAAAUUCAAGAAAUCAAAUCUCUGCUGCACAUUGCUCGGCCAUAGCCUAUAUACUUCAGAUGUCAGAGGAGGUGAUGGAUGAGCUGGACCUAAAAAAAUACAAUACAUCUGAAGAGGGUCGAAGAAACCUGUUACCAGCUCUGAGAAACUGCAGGAAAGCACUACUGGCUACCUGUAAUCUUACGGAUCAGUCCUGUGACAUUGUGGCUUCAGCUUUACGUUCAUCACUGAGAGAACUGGACCUGACUAACAAUGACCUGCAGGAUUCAGGAGUGAAGAUCCUCUGUACUGGACUGAAAAGUCCACACUGUAAACUGGAGAUACUGAGAUUGUCUGGCUGUUUAGUGACAGAAGAAGGCUGUUGUUUUUUGGCCUCAGCUCUGAGAUCAAACCCAUCUCAUCUGAUCGAGCUGGAUCUGAGCUACAAUCAUCCUGGAGACCCAGGAGUUCAGAUGCUGUCUGCUUUACUGAGAGAUCCACACUGCAGACUAGACAAACUCAAUUUGGACUUUGGAGGACCCUGUCGAAUCACCCCAGGAUUACAAAAAUACCCAUGUGAUCUUUCUCUGGACCCAAACACAGCACAUAAUCUCCUUGUUCUGUCUGAAGGAAACAAAAAGGUGACCUGUGUUGAAGAGGAGCAGUCGUACCCCGAUCAUCCCGAGAGAUUUUGGCUCUUUGAGCAGGUUUUGUGUAAGGAGAGUCUGUCGGAACGCUGUUAUUGGGAAGUGGAGUGGGAUGGCUGGAGUCACAUAUCGGUAUCGUAUAAAGGAAUCAGAAGGAACGGCGGGACUUUCUGUAGGUUUGGAUUGAAUGAGAUAUCCUGGAAUCUUUACUGCUGCGAUAGCCUUUACUCCGCAUGGCACAAUUAUAAGACCACUGAUAUACCGGCCCUUUCACCACCCUGCAACAAAGUAGGAGUGUAUGUGGAUUGGCGGGCUGGGACUCUGUCCUUCUACGCCGUCUCUGACACGCACACACUAACACACUUACACACAUUUCACUCCAAAUUCACUGAGCCCCUCUAUGCUGGAUUUGGACUAUAUCAUGGAUCCACAGUGUCUCUGUGUUAAAGGGACACUUCACCCAUUUGCAUUAAGCUUUGUAUAGUUAGAACCCCAUUCAUGUUGCCGCUGAGACAGGAGAAAUACAGAUUUCAGUGUUGAUCACUUCCUUCUUUCAAUGAUGUAAAAAUCUGUUUGUGUGGAAGAGGAUCAGCUGUUACGAUCUGUGGCAGAGAGCAGAUGAAGUUUCAACUUGUAUCAAUAUUUUCUUACACCCCUACUUUAAAUAUGGCAUGGUUGGAGGAGGUGUGUUCAACGUCACGCUGCGUCACAAGAACCGAGAAGUGCAUGACAUCAAAAUACAGCGAGAGCAAUUCGGGAGUCGACUGCUUUGUAUGCUUUCGAGUCGCUCUGGCAGUAUUUUGAUGUCAUCUGCAUGUUGGUCUGUGUGGCACCGUAUGAAGUCGAACACACGACUUAACGCAAGACAACAACAUCACAAAACUUUAGUCGCAUAACAUCGGUUGAUGGAAACGCCAUCAUUUCUCUAUAGUUUUUUGUUGACAUUUAGAAAAUAUGCCAAAGUUUUGUGCAAAUCUUUAAUGGAAACACAGCUUGUGAAAGAGAGGACUACUUUGAGACUUGAGCUGUUACUGGGUUGAUCUUUUUCAUGUUUUCUAGGUUGAUAGAAGCACUGGGGACCCAAUUAUAGCACUUAAACAACGAAAAAGUCAGAUUUGCAUGAUAUUUCCCCUUUAAAGUCAAGUGCACAGGUUUUUAUUACGUCAACUAGGGAACCAAAUCUUGUUUUUCACUUGUGAGAAAUUUGCUUCAUUCUAACUUUUCAUACUACAUAAACAUACCUAACCUACAACACCAGGUUUGAACUUUCAAAGAUAAAUCUUAAAAGGUAAAAUAAGGAGAAACCAAUAAAAGAAAGGGCUAGCGUGCUUAAAACAACUUCACUACUUCUAUGGAGUUAUUUUAACUUCAAAAUGAAUGAUCAUGCAUUACUGCACAGUUUUUUUUGGAGAGGCGUUAUUUCGUGGUUCACAGAUGGAAGAGUUGGAUAUUGAUGACUACUGAAGUUACUAAUACUGCUUACCAAGCAAAAUGCACUGUCAUGGAACCAGGUUAUUAAAAGGACCUACAGCAGUUAAAGGAGGUUUUUGUACUUAUUGUUUUUAUAUUGUGUACGCACAACACUGGAAUAAGAACAAUUGUAAAGAAACAGUAAUGAUAUUGCACGGGUAUUUUAGUUGCACUUGAGAAAGCAGUCUUCAUAGAUGGAUAUAUGGAUCGUAUUCAUUGAAACAUAACCUCUUGCUUUCUUUCAGUGCCAUGUUAACAAUUUCCUUCUGGAAAAAUAAAAACCACUAAGCAGUUACAA